CUCGUUUCCGGUUUCAUUCAACAUGGCACUGGAGUAGCCUGUAAGAGUAGCUCUGCAAGUAACUGUGAUCUUUAUAUUCGUUUUAAUCGAUAGCAUCCUUAAAGAAAGUACAUUAUAGAUUUUAUUUCGACAAUUUCUACUUGAUAGGUAGAUUAUCGUACACAACAGUCAAAAUGAAUAUUCGGAAUGCAAGGCCGGAGGAUCUCAUGAACAUGCAGCAUUGCAAUCUGCUGUGUCUUCCAGAGAACUACCAGAUGAAGUACUAUUUCUAUCAUGGAUUGUCCUGGCCACAGCUCUCCUACAUAGCAGAAGAUGAAAAUGGCAAAAUAGUGGGAUAUGUUCUGGCAAAAAUGGAAGAAGAUCCUGAUGAUGUACCCCAUGGACACAUCACAUCAUUAGCAGUGAAGCGCUCCCACAGGCGUUUGGGGCUGGCCCAGAAGCUCAUGGACCAGGCAAGCAGGGCCAUGAUUGAGAACUUCAAUGCCAAAUAUGUUUCUCUUCAUGUCAGGAAGAGCAACCGUGCUGCAUUGCACCUAUACUCCAACACCCUCAAAUUCCAGAUAAGCGAAGUGGAGCCCAAGUACUAUGCUGAUGGGGAAGAUGCUUAUGCCAUGAAGAGAAAUCUAACCCAGAUGGCUGACGAGUUACAGAAGCCCGGUGUACGUCUCUGGGGCUCCGAGGCUCCCCCCUCCCAGGACGCCCCCCUCGCAGCCCUGACGGAGAAACUGAGUGUGCAGGACGGAGAGAAGGAGGGGGAGGGCGACAGCGGCGGAGAGAGCAAGGAGAUGAGCGAGGUCAGCGAAGCCACGGAAAGCACAGACGUCAAAGACUCCUCCUCGGACUCAUAACGGGCCGUCGCGGUCCAUUGACCCGUCAGUGCUCUCGUUAACAUCCUUUUCAAUUUCAUCCGGUUGAACCCCCACACAUGGUCAUUGCUCAUGUUCUCAGUUCUUGUGCAACCAACAGCUCACCACUGAGAAAGGUCAAUCAAAAUACAGCGCUUUCUUUUAUGAAAUGCCAUUGUUUUGAACACCAAGUUUUGUCAAUAAAUCAGGAAUUGAUUGUGAA